CAAGAGGUUUCGCCGCGGACUUCAGGCAGAUUGUCUCACAGUAGUGGCCCUCUCAAUGGAGCCCAGAGUUGCGGUUCUUUGACAGAUAGCCCACCUGUUUCCCCCUCGGAGAUCGACGACAUUAAGUGUGGCCGCUCAAACGUCCCUCUCAGUAACCAAUACAGAGUCACUGCCACUGGAGGAGGAGCCACCACUGCCGGAGGUGGGAAGACUGUUGGGAGAUGGCUUAAGGACAGGAAAGAGAAGAAGAAAGAGGAAACGAGAGCUCAGAAUGCUCAGCUUCAUGCCGCUGUUUCGGUUGCUGGAGUGGCUGCAGCCAUUGCUGCAAUUGCUGCAGCCACUGCGGCUUCCUCUGGAUCUAGUAAAGAUGAACACAAGGCGAAGACUGAUAUGGCUGUUGCCUCUGCCGCAACUUUGGUUGCUGCUCAAUGUGUUGAGGCUGCCGAAGCUAUGGGGGCUGAACGUGAUCAUCUCGCUUUGGUUUUGAGCUCGGCCGUGAAUGUCAAGUCUGCUGGAGAUAUCAUGACUCUAACUGCAGCUGCAGCCACAGCCUUACGCGGGGCAGCGACGCUGAAGGCAAGGGCGCUAAAGGAAGUGUGGAACAUAGCAGCUGUAAUCCCAGUCGACAAAGGAAUGGGCGUGGUGGAGAACGGCAGCAAUGGGAAUUCCAACAGUAGUUUCAGCGGCGAACUUGUCCCUGAAGAAAAUUUCUUAGGCAUUUGCAGCCGAGAGUUUCUCACCAGAGGCUGCGAGCUGCUGAAACGCACCCGGAAAGGCGAUCUUCACUGGAAGAUAGUUUCUGUAUAUAUCAACAGAAUGAAUCAGGUUAUGUUGAAGAUGAAGAGCAAGCACGUUGCUGGGACCUUCACAAAAAAGAAAAAGAAUGUGGUUUUGGAGGUGAUCAAAGACAUUCCCGCCUGGCCCGGGCGCCACCUCCUUGACGGUGGAGAGCACCGUCGUUACUUCGGCCUGAAGACCGUCCUCCGCGGUGUCGUGGAGUUCGAGUGCAAGAGCCAACGGGAGUACGACAUCUGGACUCAAGGCGUGUCCCGGCUGCUCUCCAUUGCUGCAGAGAAGAGAGGAGGCAGAAGUGUGGCUUGAGAAUAUAUAUUGUAGGGAGAUGAAGAAGUGUCAAAAUUUAUGUAAUUUUUUUCCUUUUUUCUUUUUCUUUGGUGUUUCUUUUGUAAAAAGAAUUUUAGAUUAAAGGUAAGAAAGAAAAAGGAAAAGGUAAUCCAAAUGGGGUGUCUCUUUAAUGAUAUGAAUAUAAACUGGAGGGGCCCUUUUUAUUUUGUUUUUGGCUGCAAUCUGGAUGGUAAAGUAAAAGGCCAAUAUUUGAAUCAAA